AUGCCUCGCGCGCCUCGACUCAAGACAAAGCCGACGCUGCCGAUUUCAAAGUCCAAACCGAGAAUCACUAGAAACUCCCUCAAGUCUGUACAGGCCGAGUCGAGCGAUGAGGACGACAAUGGCAUCCCUUCCGAACCAAGCCCGAAGAGAUCGGCGUCGGCACAAUCGAACCGACCCCGUACUCGAUCAGACCCGCCUCGCGGAGGCUUCCAGGAGCUGCCUGCUAGAAAGAGGCAGCGCCGCUUCAUGGAGAUUCAAGCCGAUGUUCCGGAGCGUCGACAGUCCACGGAGGAUGUGAAUGACCGAGACGAGCAGGAACAAGAGCCCGGCACAGACGACGACGAUGAAGAUGAAGAGUCAGCGCCUAAUAGGCCCGACUUUUUCAAGAUUCUCAACCAAGCCAUUCUCCCAGACAUAGACCGCCCCCAGCCCAAUACUGAGGUUGUGGAGGAAACCCAGGAACACGGCCAUGGUCAAGAAGACAUUGAAGCAAACGAGGCAGAGCAACAACUCCAGACCGAGCAAGCCGAGAUGGAGAAAGCGCAAGCAGAACUAGGCCCGUCCACUUCGAACGUGGAACCGUCACAACCAAAUCGACAACGCUCAAGGCGGAAGCAAAGCAAAAAGACCCCUUACGGUGAGGUCAGGCACCAAGCACCACGGGGAGGCUCUCCGGAGCUAGGCUCGGACAUGCCACAUCAAAGGGAGCCCUCGCCAGACAGAGAGCCACACGCCAGCACUGCUCCUGAGAAACCCCCUAGAAACGACUGCGAUGGCUCUGAUGAAGGCGAGCCUGAAUCUGAGCCUGAGCCUGAACCUGAAUCCGAGCCCGAACCUGAGCCCGAACCUGAGCCUGAAAAGUCUAGUCUAGACCCUGCGGAGGAGUCUUUCUUCGUCGACCCGCCACAGGAGAUGGACGAAUACAUCACCACUGACAUUUCAAACGAGUGUAUACUGACUCUCGUUUCAAAAAUGAAGUUUGGCGGAUGGGCGGGUGACAGAAAUUGGGAAGGCGAGUUCACGGCUAAGGAGGCAGAGAGCAAGUCCACUUGGCUCAAGCAUCACGAGAAAUUCCUCCAACCCAAAAAGUGCAAGGACUUGUUUAAACACCUCUCCUAUCUACGGACACUAUGCCGCGAAAUGCCCGAAGCCCCCGACCUUGAAGCACAAUUUGAGUAUAUCAGGCAGAAAAGCAGCACCUUUCGCAAGUCGAUCAAAAUCAUCGAGUCUCUGGUAUCUCAUGUUUGCAAACAUAUCAACGGCCAGAUACAAUUGGUCACGGAAAAAGCGCCACAUGAUCCAAACUGGGGCCAAAUUGCGGUGGAGACUUUGCACAAAAAGAUUAUCCCCAUGCUUGUUCUUGUACUAAAGGACGGCUUUUUAAAGGGAGGCGCGGUGACGGUCCAUGAUGGUAAAGCGACUACAAGCGUUUUCACGUCAUCGACCUUGCAAUUGCCGCUCCGGGUAAUAGGAUGGCUCCAACGACUAUACAACAUGGUUAUGGGCUAUGUUCAGGUUGACCCACCUCGGCCCGCCAGCGACUCUAAGGCCAAUGUUCAAAAGGUCAACUCGGCAAUGAACCAGCAGAAACAGCUUGGAGAGCAUCUAUUGAAUAUGGACAGUGUGCUUCGACAGGCAAUUGACAGACUUGCCUAUAUUGCCAUGGCUCCCCAGCGGGAGAAGCUGGCUGCGGAAGAGGCUGCAGUGAGAGCGCUGGCUUUCCAAAAUGCACAAGUGCAGAAGCAACAAAAAGAACGCGAAUUGCAAACCCGACAGAUGCAGCUUUUUCUUGAAUCAAUCCAGCGGAUGAACAAGCCCGAAGCUCCGCUGCGCCAACCGAGCUCUAGAGAAGAGGACCUUAGUGGACAGAGGGAACGCCAAAGACAAGACUGGCAGGCGCAACAAAAGGAACGCCAAGAACAAAUCCAACAGAUGCAGCAAAGAAAAAGUGAGGCACAAGAUCGACAGAUGCAGCUCUUUAUCGGAUCAAUUCAGCGGAUGAGCAAACCCGAGACUACAGAACGACAACUGAGUGCCGGUGAGGAGUACUUUGAGAAGCAUGGAGGAUGGUAUAAAUGGGAAGACGAGCGACUGCUCAACAUGAUCCGAAGAGUGGAGAAGCCUGAUGUUCAGGCGCUAGCUCCUCUUGUGCCUGGAAGAAGGGUGAGAGAGGUUGCGCAGCGGGUGAAGGACUUGCGGGAGCGGAUGCGGAUCAAGUACGAGACGACGGGAAUAGCCCCACCACUAUGGUGCUAUCAGCCCAAGUAA